CCGCGGGUCUCAUGAGUUUGGGCGGAAAUGAGCGGCGAGAGUUGAUGCGCGAGACACUGAAGAUAAACAGCACUUAAAAUGAACUAAAUCCGAAAUUUGAGGGGAUAUACAAACAUUAAAGAAUGAAAGAGUCAUUCUGUGGAGAUGUAAAAUGCCUGUUUAGACUGAGGGACGAUCGUCUGUUUGAUUGACAGGCGUGUUUUAGGCAUGUGGUGGUUUCAGGAGGGUUUGUGCGUCUUGCCCGUGGCGCUGGUUAUCUGGACCGCCGCCACCUUCAUCUUCGCUUACAUCACGGCCGUCAUCCUGAGACACGUGGACCCGCUGGUGCCCUACAUCAGUGACACGGGGACGGUCGCGCCGGAGAGAUGCGUGUUUGGACUCAUGCUGAAUGUGUCUGCGUUUUUAGGUGUCGCUACUAUGUACGUGCGCUAUAAGCAGCUUCAUGCCCUCGUGGACGUGAACGACACUCGUCUGAACUGCCUUAAUCUGAUGGGGUUCGUUCUGGGCUGCGGAAGUUCGUUCGGCAUGUGCGUCGUCGCAAACUUCCAGAAAACCACUCUGUUUGCGAUGCAUCUGGUGGGCGCCAUGCUGACGUUCGGCGUGGGCGCUCUGUACAUCCUGGUCCAGACGCUGCUGUCGCACCGCAUGCAGCCGCACAUCCACAGCAAAACCAUGUUCUGGACGCGGCUGAGCGUCUGCGUCUGGACCUUCGCCAGCAUCAUCAGCAUGUUCGUGUCGUCGGUCAUCAUGUACAGCACUCUGUCAGGAACCGAGGUCAACCAGAAGCUGCACUGGACGCCUGGAGAACCGGGUUUCACGCCGCACAUCGUCAGCACCAUCUCCGAAUGGUCUCUCGCUCUGUCCUUCAUCAGCUUCUUCCUCACCUACAUACGAGACUUCAAGAAGAUCAACCUGCGAGCGGAGGUGCAGCUCCAGAGCGAACACCUGUACGAUUCGCACCACUCCCGGCCCUCGGAGACGUCUCCGCUGCUCGCCGGCAGCAUCUGACGAGGAGAAGACGCUCCAGACGAGGCGCAGAGACUGCCAGGCUCCAGCAGAAACACUCCAAGCUCUGGAAACUUCAUACUAACAUUUAGACAACGUUUGUACAACAUUCACACAACCGUCUGAAAUUAUGCUCUAACUAUUGCGUUUAUUAAUCUAAUACAGAAGGGGCCUGUUUCAUGAAACAAGUUUACUAAAUAAGCCAGGCUUAUUUGAGUUAGUCUGACUUAUUGUCAGUUGAUUUGGUUCUAAAUAAGUCGGGCUAACUGAAAUAAGCCUGGCUUGUUUGGUAAACUUGUUUUAUGGAACAGGCCCCAGGUUUAUUUGAGUUAGUCUGACUUAUUGUCAGCUCAUUUGGUUCUAAAUAAGUCGGGCUAACUGAAAUAAGCCUGGCUUAUUUGUGUAAACUUGUUUUAUGGAACAGGCCCCAGGUUUAUUUGAGUUAGUCUGACUUAUUGUCAGCUCAUUUGGUUCUAAAUAAGUCGGGCUAACUGAAAUAAGCCUGGCUUAUUUGUGUAAACUUGUUUUAUGGAACAGGCCCCAGAUAAUGUUACACUUCUUGGUUUGUUUUAUGUUGUAAACAUGUUGGACAUCGUUUGUUCUAGAAAUAUGCAUUGUUUUAUACAACUGUAAAAAGGCCUAACUUCUCUGAUUACGUUAUUAAAGUUGGUUAUUGGUGGGUGAGUUUUAUGCAAAAA